GCGCCCCUUCAGCGGUUUGCGAAAAGGACAGAAAUUAUUUGCUCCUAUUCGUAAUAAGCUGACACUUGAUCCAAUGAGCAGGUCCAAGGGCCGCUACUUCAACAACCACCGAGGCCGAGCCCACGGUGCCAGAUGGAAUGCAGGAGAAGAAAGCGAGGAAGCCGGGCCAAGUAGAACCUAUGGAGAACAAGGAGGGAGAGGGCGGGGACAUGGCAGAGGAGGCCGGAGGGGAGGGCCCCCAGAGGGGCUGAGGGGACGUGAUAUCGGGAUGUGGUACGCGGCGCGUGGGAGGGCGAAGAAAGCUGCUGCAGAAAUCAGAAAUAGACCUGUUGUUGGCAUGGAACCAGAGCAUGAGAAGCACAUCCGCACGUUGCUGGAUGACGUGCAGAAACAGAGAUCCGAGGAAGAACAACAAGAAAGCAAUGAAGUCAAGCCAAGGAGAAAUCCGCGAGACGAGCAGUACCAUUCCUUCUAUCAGCACCCGCUGACACAAGACCCAGAGCUGGACAAGAGAUUACGGCUUGAGCUGGAGGCUAAGCAGGCUGACAACCGCCAAUACAAAGACAUGCAGGAAUUCCGCAAGAAGCUACCAUCCUACAACAUGAGACACGAGCUUCUGCGUUUGAUCAACGAGAACCAAGUCGUGGUCAUCAGCGGGGAGACGGGGUGCGGUAAGACCACCCAGGUCCCCCAGUUCAUCCUGGAUCAUCACGUGGAGCGAGGUCAGGGGUCCACAUGCAGGGUUGUCUGUACUCAGCCCCGGAGAAUCUCUGCAAUAUCUGUGGCCGAGCGAGUAGCGUGUGAGAGAGCAGAGCCGUGCGGUAACGGCAACAGCACAGGGUACCAGAUUAGACUGGAGGCCAGGCUACCACGGCAACAGGGUUGCAUCAUGUACUGCACCAACGGCAUCUUGCUGAAGUGGCUGGAAACAGACCAGCUUCUGCAAAGCGUGAGCCAUGUUGUUCUGGAUGAAGUUCACGAGAGAGACAUCAUUUCUGAUUUUCUGCUGGUCAUUCUCAAAGAUGUCUUACCGAAAAGACCAAAGCUCAAGGUAAUCCUGAUGAGUGCGACCCUCAACGCUGAACUGUUCUCGGAAUACUUCGGCAGUUGCCCGAUGACCAACAUACCCGGUUUCACAUUCCCUGUCCUGGAGUACUGGUUGGAAGAUGUGCUUCAAAUGACCAAAUACAAACCGCCUGAGCAGAGAGAGAAACGCGAGCCGAUUUGGAUGAAGUUCCGACGCGGGAAGCGCUACCGUGAGGACGAGCUAAAGAAAGAACAGGAAUUCAAGGAAAAGUUCAACGGAUACAUCAAGGAAAUCAGCACAACAUAUCCUGAAGAGGUGGUGUACUAUCUGCAGAAUAUGGACCAUGAAAAGAUGGACAUUGACAUGGUGUCUACCAUCAUACGUCACAUCUGCCUCAACAAAGCGGAGGGCGCUAUUCUGGUCUUCCUCCCAGGCUGGGAGCAGAUCUCCAAGCUGAAUGACCUCCUGACCCAGCAGCAGAUGUUCCGAAACGCCAAUUUCCGCAUCAUUCCCUUGCACUCCAUGAUGCCCACCGUCAACCAAAGACAGGUGUUUGAGCGGCCGCCACCUGGUGUCCGUAAGAUCAUCAUAGCAACCAACAUCGCCGAGACGAGCAUCACCAUCGAUGAUGUGGUGUACGUCGUCAACCUGGGCCGCGUCAAGGAGCGCAACUUUGACGUGGCCAACAACCUCAGCACCUUGAAACCAGAGUGGGUCAGCGUAGCAGCCGCCCGCCAGAGGAGAGGGAGGGCCGGCAGAGUACAGCCUGGUGAAUGCUAUCAUCUGUACAACCAGCUCAAGGCCAGCAUGCUGACUGACUAUCAGUUACCAGAGAUGCUACGAACACCACUGGAUGAACUCUGCUUGCAAAUUAAGUCGCUGAAGCUGGGUCGUGUCCAUGACUUCAUCCAGAAGGCCUUACAGCAGCCUGACCCUAGAGCCGUAGAUCUAGCAUUGGAAAGCCUCGUGCAGAUGAAUGCCCUGGACGACCGUGAGAAACUGACCCCGCUCGGUUACCACCUUGCCCGGCUCCCCGUCUCCCCUACCAUCGGCCGCAUGAUUCUCUUUGGUGCCAUGUUCUGCUGUCUGGAUCCCAUCCUGACCGUUGCCGCCAGCCUCAGCUUCAAAGAUCCCUUCGUCAUCCCAUUGGGGAAGGAGAAGAUGGCCGACGCCCAGCGGAAGCUCAUCGCAGAGGACACCUACAGCGACCACCUGAUGCUGGUCAACGCUGUGGCAGGCUGGGAGGACGCCAGAGAUCACGGACGCGGAGCUGAGAGUGACUACUGCUGGAGAAACUUCAUGUCUGUCACUACUCUCAAGAUGUUAGACAACAUGAAGACCCAGUUCUGUGAGCAUCUGGCAUCCAUAGGCUUCGUAGAGGGGAAGUCUUCUAAACAGAGGUCAGCUAACAGAAACUCAGGCAACCGGCAACUAAUCAAGGCGAUACUGUGCUCAGGUCUAUAUCCCAACGUGGCCCAGGUGAGGCAAAACUCGUUCAACAGACGAGAGGGAAAAUACAGGCCCGCGAAGAUUGUCACUCCGCAGGACGGCAGGGUCAAGAUCCAUCCCAAGUCCGUCAACUGUGACCAGAGUCACUUCCCCUCCAACUGGAUCCUGUAUCACCUCAAGAUGAAAUCUUCAGACGUGUUUCUGCACGACACCACCGCCGUUGAACCCUACCCUCUGCUGUUCUUUGGAGGCAAGAUUGGCGUCACCAGUGAAGACGGCGUGGAGGCAAUCACCGUCGACGACCACAUCAAAUUCUCGGCGCCGGCCCGAAUCGCACAUCUAGUCAAGGAUCUCCGGUCUGAACUUGACAAGCUUCUCAAGCAGAAAAUCAACCAGCCUGGAAUGACCUGCUGGGGUCAAGACACUAAGGAAGGUCGUAUCAUGCAGGCCAUUAUUGACCUCAUAACGACCCAGGAGGAUCACAGCCAGUCAGAUUGGUAGACAUGAGUUUCUAGGCUGCUACAAAUGGUCUUGAAUAAGGUCAGUCAAGUUAGGUUAUAAUGACCUGCUGGGGUCAGCACACCAAGGAAGGUCAUAUCAUGCAGGCCAUUAUUGACCUCAUAACGACCCAGGAGGAUCACAGCCAAUCUGAUUGGUAGACAUGGCAAAAGCUCCUAGGCUCCAACAUAUGGUUCUUGAAUGAGGUCAUCCUAGUUAGGUUAUAAUGACCUGCUGGGGUCAGCACACCAAGGAAGGUCAUUUCAUGUUGGCCAUUAUUGACCUCAUCAUGACCCAGGAGGGCUACAAUCGUUCAGCAUGUUAGACACCUAGGCUUCUGCUUGGUGACGUCAUUCCAGUAAUGGUUGCAAUGACCUGCUGGGGUCAAGACUAACAAGAAGGUCACGCAUAUUUGACCUCAGAAAUGAUCUGAGGAAAGCCAGUUGGCAUCACAGACUUAUUAAUAUACACUUGUGUUUGGUUAGGUCAUUCCAUUUGUUGGUAUGACCUGCAUGGGUCAGGACAGAAACGAAGGUCAAACCACGCAUCAUUGACCUCGUAACGACCUGGAGGACUACAGCCAGUUGACAUGGUAGACAUAUCAUAGGUUCCUAUUAGCGUUCUUUCGUUUUGAACGGUUAGUCAUGACGUGUCAGUGGGAAUGAGGUGGGCAAAUGUCCCCCGCCCACCCAAAAACAAAAUGAACAAUGGAGAAUAUGCUAGAGAGAGUACAAGGAUUUUUGGGUAACAAUUUGCUUUGCCCCUGCUACAAAAAAUCCAGGCCACGCCAAUGCAUGGGCGUCGCGAGGGGGGGGGGAGGGGGAGAAGGGGGAGUGCUUGAAAGCCAAAAAAGGACACACGCACCACAACCCCAGGGUGAAAUAGCAAGAAUUAUUUUAGUCCAUACACUUCUCUUUUUUUUCGUCAUAACUGAUUGCAACGGUACCUCACCAGUUUUUCUCUCAUAGCUAAACGCAGAAGUUUCAACAGUUCGUACAAUGUAGCUACAAACCAUUCUUUUGUUGGCUCAGAGCAAACAUUUUAUUAUGCCCUGCAAAAACAAGAAAGCCAUAAUAACAUGUAUUUUUAGAUGAUAAACAUAUGUUACAUAAACUCCAGGGACUCAGAAGCUCCGUCAAACUCCAUAUUGCAAUCUACCGACACUGUGUCUGUAUUUGAGUAGUCAUAAUGUGAACCAAACAUAAAUUAGAUCACUUCUCCCAUAUUAGGC